AUGAACGGCAUUUCAGAACGUCCCGUAGUCCUCUAUGACUACCAAUUCGCGCCGAACGCGCGAAAAAUCCGACAUCUUUUGUCAUCGUCUCGCAUCCCGCUCCAGGUUUGCGAACGGCCCUUUGUGAGGCCGUGUCCUAUCCUUACUGACCUAGACAUCACGUACAGACGCAUCCCCGUCAAUGCCAUAGGCCGCGAUUUCUAUGCCGACAAUCGCGUCUUCGUAGAAGCUGUGCAGACCGUCUUCCCAACAAAAGCGGCAGCUCUUGCCCAAAGUCCGGCUGAUCAUGCGUACGGAGCUUUCGGGUAUCACAAAGAAUUAUUCUCUGUCUUCAACCGCCCAGACUAUGAGGAACUACGGCUCAGUGCGCUGGCUGAGUUCCACCAAAUGUUGGACGAUAUCGAGAACGACUUUCUGGCGAACGGGCCAUGA